AUGAUCAAGGAGGAAGAGGAUCGUUUGGCCAAGGAGCAACGUUUACGUAAGGCUGUUUAUAAUGCCAUUGUUACUUUGUCAGAAUGUGUCGUUGAAGCAACAUUGCAAAAAAUGUUGAAUAGUCUGGAUCAAAACAGCUGGAUGGAAGUGAUCGAGGAACGUUACCUUGGUCGGAUGUGUGGUUUUCCACUCUGUGCUAAUUCCGUAGAAGUGAAGAAUUCGCAGAAGUAUCGAAUAGACCUGAAAAAUAAGAAGGUGUUCGAGAGAUCUGCUGAAAUUGAUAAAUUUUGUAGCCAAGAAUGUUUUUUUCGAUCUGCUUCAGUGAGGACACAGUUAGAUACGGAGCCAUUAUGGAUAAGAGGCGGUGAACAAGUAAAGGUAUUUGAUUUGAAUGCUGGAAAUAUCAGACAACAGCAGCAAGACACUUGUGGACGGAGCACUUUUGAAUUCAAAGAAGAUGAACAGUUGGUAACAUUACUUGAAAAUUUAAAAAUUGGAGACAGUGCGGAAUCUGAUAAUGAGGAUAAUGAUGAUAAAAUCAGCACGGAUGAAGAAAAAAAGGAUCAAGCUCAUGAGGAGUUUUAUAACCUUUGCUGCUCUUAUCUUACAAUGAGGCCUGCAGUUUCGAACACUGAAGAAACUAUAUUUGUGCCGACAAUUAAAGGAAUUGUAGAAGGGACCGUUACGGAAAAGGAAAUAGAAACAGACAAGAAACAUAAGCAACUUUCUCAAAAUGAAAAAUUGGCUUGUAUACGAAACAAGUAUCAUCCAAAUAAACUCAGGCGACCUCCAAAAAUAAUUAAAGCCAAAUCGCUUAGUUCACAGCUUAGUCAUAAAGUUCCAGAGAACUUCUAUGAAGGUUUUAAGAAAACGCUGUCAGAAUGGUGUGGUCCAGAAACGAUAUCUUAUUUGCAAUAUCGCCGUAGGAUGGAUUUAUCAGAUGGUGAAGAUGAGGUAGUUACAGAAGCAAGAUCCAUCACUGCACAGUUGUAUGCAGGUGAUAACUUUAUUAAUAAAAGGAUUGAGAGAGAUAUGUUUCUGCCCUCAAUUGACAAUCUUGAUCAAACAAAACAACGAAUUUGGAUAUUGGCUGACUUACUAAAGCCAAGCUGGCGACUUUUGGAAGAAAAGUUAAAUAUAAAUGGAUAUGGACAACAAGCCCUAGAAAUUGUUUCCACAUUUCAUUUGUCAGCAGCAAAUGUUAUUCUUGAAAGGAAGACAUGCGACCUUGCUGUUGCCGUAAUUUUCCGUUUGCUUGCUUACUAUGACAGAUCUCUAAUGGAUUUCUACCCAUCUGGCAGCGCUGUGUCGUCUAAAAUUAUGCAGUACUUUGAACAAACAGGUUGUGAUGUGAAGUGCUAUUUUGAAAUCCUUUCUACUGUCAUGAAUAAAUUGGAGUGA